AUAAGCAAAAGGCAAAAAGUCUCGGCCUUUAUUGGUCGGUAAAAUUCAAGACUUCUCCUUUGCAAUUGUUUAUUGAGUCAAGCUCCUACUCAUUUGAGUCAUUUCCCUGGCUUCGUUUGGUGGACAAUCAUAGAGGUGUUGAGGCUACACUGUCAGAGCUCUCUCUCUCUCUCUCAGUUUCUCUAUCUAAACCUCCGUUUUUCAUCAGGUGUUUAUGGGUUUGGGGUUUGAGUGAGAGAAUCGCUGGGAAAAGUUUUGAACUUUUGAGGAGAUGGACAAACCGCUCGUGGGUUCUGAGAUUCAUGGAUUUCAUACAAUGCAAGAUUUGGAUGUUGACACUAUUAUGGAGGAAGCCAAAGGACGAUGGCUCCGCCCAAACGAAAUUCAUGCAAUACUCUAUAAUUACAAGUAUUUCACCAUCCAUGUCAAGCCAGUGAACUUGCCCCAAAGUGGCACCAUUGUAUUGUUUGACCGUAAGAUGCUUAGAAACUUCAGGAAAGAUGGUCAUAACUGGAAAAAGAAAAAAGAUGGGAAGACAGUCAAAGAAGCUCAUGAACACUUGAAAGUUGGUAAUGAAGAAAGGAUUCAUGUAUACUAUGCCCAUGGCGAGGAUAGCCCAACCUUUGUCCGGAGGUGUUAUUGGCUGCUUGAUAAGAGUCUAGAACACAUAGUCCUUGUUCAUUACCGUGAAACUCAAGAGUUGCAGGGUUCUCCAGCCACACCUGUGAAUUCCAAUUCAAAUUCUAGUUCUGUCUCAGACCCAUCUGCUCCUUGGCGUCUAUCAGAAGAACUUGACUCCGGGGCUAACAAUUCAUAUUAUGGUGGUGCAAAUGAACUUUUAGAGCCUGGUAUUGGUUUGAAUGUUAAUAAUCAUGAACAAAGGCUCCAUGAUAUCAAUACACUUGAAUGGGAUGAACUUUUGGUUACAUAUGAUUCCAAAGGAGACAAAGUUUCAGGCUUUGACCAGCAGAAUCAACUUGUGGGAAAUGGCGCCAUAAGUGGUGGAACCAGUGGUUUACCAGCUGAAGUUUCUUCUUUUGGCAAUUUACUCGAUCCAAGUGUGAGGACAGGAAACAUUCAUUUCAAUCUUCCAGACAGUAAUUAUGUUCAGACACUGGAGGGUGAGGUGAAUUCAAAUGCACAGAGAAUGGAUUCUGUUGUCAAGGGCCCCUGUGAUUCCUCGGACAUUUUGGGUAAUGAUGGAUUGCGUAGUCAGGACAGUUUUGGGAGGUGGAUAAACCAGAUUAUGACCAACUCUCUGGGUUCAGUGGAUGACCCAGUGCUUGAAUCCUCAUUUCCAGCUUCUCAGAGUUCAUUUGCUUCUCCAGCAAUGGAACAUAUUCAAUCUUCUGUUCCUGAGCAAAUAUUUAUCAUAACCGAUGUUUCACCUGCAUGGGCUUUCUCAAAUGAGAAAACAAAGAUUCUGAUCACUGGCUUCUUUCAUCAAGAGUUUUUGGAUCUUGCGAAGUCCAAUCUACUUUGUAUCUGUGGCGAUGUAUGUAUUCCUGCUGAAAUUGUUCAGGUUGGGGUAUAUCGAUGUUUCAUACCACCACAUGUGCCCAGAUGUGUGAACCUUUUCAUUAGUCUUGAUGGUCAUAAACCCAUCAGCCAAGUACAAAAUUUUGAAUAUCGAUCUCCUGUAAUGAGUAACUUAGUAGUUCCUUCAGGAGAGAACAAAUCGGAAGAGUUCCAAUUACAGAUGCGGCUUGCUCAUUUGCUUUUCUCAUCAUCUAAAAGCUUGAACAUUGCAUCUAGUAAAGUAUCACCACAUACCCUCAAAGAAGCCAAGAAGUUUUCCCAUAGAACUUCUCACAUAUCAAAUAGCUGGCAAUAUUUGAUCAAGUCAAUUGAAGUCAACAAUACUCCUUUACCACUGGCAAAGGAUAGUUUGUUUGAACUUAUUUUGAAGAACAGACUAAAAGAUUGGCUGUUGGAGAAAGUUCUUGACAGCUCUAAAACCAAAGAAUAUGAUGGUCAUGGUCAAGGAGUAAUCCACUUAUGUGCUAUUCUAGAUUAUACCUGGGCUGUUCGAUUGUUUUCAUGGUCUGGCUUGUCAUUAGACUUUCGUGAUAGACGUGGAUGGACAGCCCUUCAUUGGGCAGCAUAUCAUGGAAGGGAGAAAAUGGUUGCAGUUCUAUUAUCUGCAGGGGCAAAGCCAAACUUGGUCACAGAUCCCACUUCAGAAAACCCUGGUGGUUGCACUGCUGCUGAUCUUGCAUUUAUGAAGGGUUAUGAUGGCUUAGCAGCUUAUCUUUCAGAAAAGGCUUUGCUAAGACAAUUUGAGGACAUGAGUAUAGCUGGAAAUGUUAGUGGUUCCCUCCAAACUAACACAAACUGUUAUGAGCACUCUGAGAAUCUCAGUGAGGAAGACCUGUAUCUGAAGGAUACUUUAACAGCCUAUAGGACAGCUGCUGAUGCAGCAGCACGAAUACAAGCUGCCUUCAGGGAAAACGCACUAAAAUUAAAGACUAAAGCAGUUGAAUCUUACAUUCCUGAGGAUGAAGCACGCAGUAUAAUUGCAGCAUUGAAGAUUCAACAUGCAUUUCGCCACUAUGAUACACGAAAAAAGAUGGCAGCUGCUGUCCGUAUUCAAUAUAGGUUCCGUACAUGGAAGAUACGUCAAGAGUUCCUUAAUAUGCGCCGUCAAGCUGUCAAAAUUCAAGCUGCUUUUCGAGCCUUCCAAACGCGGAAGCAGUACCGCAAAAUUCUAUGGGGAGUCGGAGUGCUUGAGAAAGCUGUUCUGCGGUGGCGCUUAAAGAGAAAAGGGCUUCGGGGGCUUCAGGUUGAUCCCAUUGAAGCUGAUGGAGAUGAGAAGCAGGAAAGUGAUACAGAAGAGGACUUCUAUCGAAACAGCCGAAAACAAGCUGAAGAGCGUGUUGAGAGAUCCAUUGUGCGGGUUCAGGCCAUGUUCCGCUCCAAAAAAGCACAGCAAGAAUAUAGUAGGAUGAAGUUGGCUCAUACUGAAGCAAAGCUGGAAUAUGAAGAUAUUUUCGACCCUGACAAUAACAUGCGUGGAUAGUUGAAGAAGUUUUGAAGCAAAUGAUAACAUCUGUGUUGGAGUUCUGUACUAUGUGUAGCAUGUACAUGUUGUAAAUGCUAGGAUGUUUAGCUUCGAGUAUUUUGACCCUUUCAGACGGUCUUAAAAUUGUUUGGUCGGUCACAGUUCAUUACAGGGUCAGUACUUUAAUACUGGUUCUUGGUUUUCAAUGUUCUUGGUAAUGUUAGUACUGUUCUUGUUUUUAAUAUUACGGAGUCAGGCUGUUGCUUCA